UGUGCUCUCGUAUCCUUCACUGGCAGGAUAAGCAGCAGACUGCAAGCUAUUGAGAUGGGCUGCUUUUGAAAAUAUACAAACAUACUUCAGUCUCAAAUAGAGCCAAUUAAACAUAGCAGGACCUCGAGAAGCGUCCGACCUUUGACUUUAACAGUAUUGACAGAAUGGCGAGGAAAGGUUACGUUGAAUUGGUUGUCAACUGAAUGUAAGAGCAGUCAAUCCGGAUUUGGACUCCCUGAACUCUGCAAAUAUCCAAAUAAUGUUGGGAUGUGAAAUCUUUGGAACACCUGUAGUAUCACAGUGAAGCACACACUUGUUUCCUCAGUAUUUACCUCAUACAUCACAAUGACAUUAAGAAAUGAAAUAUAAGGUUUUUGGUGAAGUUUCGGUAAGUUGGUUGGCCUGUCUGGUUUCAUCUCAGAUUUUGCAUAUUAAGCUGUAGUUUUUAUUAUGCAAACUCAAAAUAGUUCAGUUAGGAGUGAAAUAUAGUCAGGUGGCUUUGUCUGAGAUACCGUUGGUUGAUCAAAAUACAACUAACGUGCCCUUGACUAUACCUUGUCAACAAGGGCAAGUACAGGCCUGCCUAUCAGGCCUGUGCCAACAAGCAAUCAGACAACGUCAUAGGACAUAACUGAUCAUAGUGUUUGUGGCAUCAUCGAACACAGCAGCAUUUGUUUUUUGGGGGGUGGGGGGGGUUGCAUUUUCAGAGACUAUUUUUAAAAACAUAAUUUUCAAUGUUGGUGUUCUGUCACACUUUACCUAGACUGUGAUAUUGCAUUCUUCCGAUGUCCUAGGCUUCACAAGGCUUAUUUUCCUUCGCUUCCUUUUUUCGGCUUAGAUACCUAAAUGUAUUUUGAUAAAUUCUGUGCCCUGAGUCAGGGUUAGCCCUAACUCUCAUUUGACCACGAAAUGGCUUGCUGAUGGCAAAGUCAAGGAUCUGAUAUUUUCAGGUCAGGAGGAGGGGAAGAAAUUGCUGCUGUUUAUUUUUCUUAAACGACGCCUUUGCUCUGUGUUUCCAUAAAGGUUUAGUGGCGAAAGCUUUGGGACCGUCAGCGCUUCUUGUAGUGGGGGGAGAGCUGACCAUGUCGGGGGUCCCGACGACUCCUCCUCCAGGGGAGAUGGGCAGUGGCCCUGUGGCAGAAAGCUGGUGCUAUACCCAGGUCAAGGUAGUAAAGUUUUCUUACAUGUGGACCAUAAAUAACUUUAGCUUCUGUCGAGAAGAGAUGGGUGAAGUAUUGAAGAGCUCUACCUUCUCCUCAGGACCUAAUGAUAAAAUGAAAUGGUGCCUGCGGGUCAAUCCGAAGGGACUCGAUGAUGAAAGUAAAGAUUAUCUAUCGCUGUAUUUGCUACUAGUUAGUUGUCCGAAAAGUGAAGUCAGAGCCAAGUUCAAGUUUUCUUUACUGAAUGCUAAAAGAGAGGAGACGAAGGCUAUGGAAAGCCAAAGAGCCUAUCGGUUCGUCCAGGGCAAAGACUGGGGCUUCAAAAAAUUUAUUAGAAGAGAUUUUCUGCUUGAUGAAGCAAACGGGCUGCUACCAGAUGAUAAACUCACAUUAUUCUGCGAGGUGAGUGUUGUCCAGGAUUCAGUGAACAUCUCCGGACAGUCCAAUAUGAACAUGCUGAAGGUUCCAGAAUGCCAGUUGUCCGACGACCUGGGUAACUUGUGGGAAUGCUCAAGGUUCACGGACUGCUCUCUUUAUGUGGGCGGGCAGGAGUUCAAAGCCCACAAAUCCAUUCUGGCAGUGUGGCCAUAUGUCGAGAGGAGCUCAUAUCAUUUGACUGACAGAUUUAUUACUUUUUUGGCAGCAAGAUCACCGGUGUUUAAUGCCAUGUUUGAGCAUGAAAUGGAAGAGAGUAAAAAGAACCGAGUGGAUAUCAGUGAUGUGGAACCAGAGGUUUUUAAAGAAAUGAUGGGCUUCAUAUACACAGGCAAAGCACCCAAUUUAGAAAAAAUGGCUGAUAGUUUAUUAGCCGCUGCUGAUAAAUACGCUCUGGAGCGUUUAAAGGUCAUGUGUGAGGAAGCCCUUUGCAACAGUCUCUCGGUGGAGAACGUGGCAGAUACCCUCAUCCUGGCCGACUUGCACAGCGCCGAGCAGCUCAAAGCACAGGCCAUAGAUUUUAUCAACAGGUGCAGUGUCCUCCGACAGCUGGGCUGUAAAGAUGGGAAAAACUGGAAUAGCAACCACGCCACGGAUAUAAUGGAGACCGCAGGGUGGAAGUCAAUGAUCCAGUCUCAUCCUCACUUAGUGGCGGAGGCUUUCCGCGCGCUCGCGUCAGCACAGUGCCCCCCCUUCGGCCUGCCAAGGAAGCGCCUAAAACAGUCCUGACAACAUUACUGCUGCUCUCUGGGGCCUGUCUUGGGACAAAUGCCAGAAAACCACAGAGUUCCAACUUUAUCCCAUCGUCCUCCAAGCCGAAAGCACGCGACUGGGAAAGAAAGUCCCGAGCGAUGGGUUCGGCAGUCGAGCUUUAUUUUGCGAGUCUUACCGUCACUUCAAACAGCCUUAAACUAUCUGCCAUGACUCUUGUGUGGAGCGUUCUCUCAGUUCUAUUCUGUGCCUGCCUUGUCCCAUGAGACCAGGCCUCUUCCCUGUUGCACUAUAGUUCCCAAAGUCUUGCUGUUUUGAUAUGGAAUGCUUCAGAAGGGAAAUAAUAUAUUAUUCCUAAUGUUUAGUUGUUAAACUAGACAUUUAAUAACGUUAACAUGAUGAGCGCAAGGUCAUUUCUUUAUCGUUUUGGAAAAGAUAGAUAUGCCCCAUAUUGAUGGCACGAUUUCUAUGUGAAGACACAGUUUAAUCUCGUGGGGAUGAAAAAUGCUAGUACUAUUCCAUAUUGUGGACAAUAUGCAUUUCAGAUGUUUGUAUCGAUGUGUGUAACAAACGGGAUUAUUGUUUGUGUCUCGCCCCUUAACGUAUGACUAAAUCAUGCAAAGUGACAUUUAGUCUUUUAAAUAUGAACAAUGUUUUUAAUGUUGCUUCCCUGGAGAUGGUCUGCAAUACAGACUAGUUUCAAGUUGUUGUUAGUAAGGUGAAUUGUUGGCCCACAAUUGCAUUCGUGUAAUCUGAUCGAACCGUAGUCGAGACAAUCCAUCUUUAAACACACUGUCCUCUGUAAUCAGGAAAUAUUUGGAUGCUGAGCAUCAGAGUGUGCCAUUAUUACUGUGUAUGUCGUAUGGAUGGGUUGAGUUACAGUCAAACUGACAGAAUUUUGGAGGACGGGGUAUCAUGCUAUACCGACUUGUUCUGUUAAAGGACAUGUUUUGUGAAGAUUCUGGAGUUUGUUCAAUCUUUUAAACAAAUACGGUCUGCAAGAAUUCCUGCAUUAACUCAUUAAAAGUUUUUCAGCAUUCAGAGGUGUUUUGUAAAUCAUUGUAAGACACUCCAUUAUAAUAACACAUUUAAAUGAACAGUUCACCCAAAAA